GUUCGAUACGAGUCCUCCCUCGGCCCCAUUCCUCUCUUUCCUUCUUUCCCUCGAAACCCAAACCGAAAACCAAAACCCCUCUUUCUCUCUCUGUGUGGAUUAAAUCUCAGCCGUCCGAUCCUUACAUUUUUAUUUCUGGUAUCUGAAUCUCCACUCCAGCGAGCAAUGGUACGGGCUUCACAUAGGGACUUACCGACGUGGAAAAACUCGGAGCGGAGACUCGGAUAAUGGAACUCACCGAUUCAAGCGAAGAACUCAGAGACAACCCGAACUCGAACCCGAAGCCUGUGGGGCUCGGAAUCGAUCUCAAUGAGAUCCCCUCGCCGCCGCUCGCGGAAACCCUGCCGGAUUCGAUGGACGUGGUCCGGACCUACCAUGUGAACCCGCCGUGCCCGCCGGGGGGCCCAGCAGGGGUCCCGGGAGAGGACGAUGCUCGGGGCUCAGGGUCGUGCGGCGCGUGCGGGCGGCCCGAGGUCGGGGUCAGCCACGUGGUGGUCUGCGACGGUUGUGAGCGCGGCUUCCAUCUGGGCUGCGCCGGCGUACGUGGCCGCCAGGCGCUUCUCAGCCAGGACGAGUGGGUCUGUGCGGACUGCGAGUGCGGUGGGGUGAAGAGCAAGCGCUGGCCCCUCGGGGUCAAGUCUAAGCGGAUUCUUGAUAUGAACGCCUCACCGCCUAGCGACGUCGACGGUGAUUGCGAUGGCGAGGGCAGCUCGGAGGUGCUGGAUUUGAGAAAACACACUCCGGGUGAUAAUUCUUUUGGUGGCAAUCCAUUUGGUGCUCCAGUGACAUUCUCUGACAUUUUGUACGCGGGAAAUGGCUUUGGCUAUCAAAAAGCUUCUGGGAUUUUGACACACACUGUCAAAUUGGGUUUGGAAGAUAUAUUGCAUCAUUCACAGGCUAUAACUAGAAGAUUUGAAGAAGUAGAUUUGAGUUUCCCACUAGGAAGGUGUAAAAUUAGUAAUAAUACAGCCAUUAGAUUACCAUCUCGGAAUCCAAGCGAGAUUUUUUUGCAGGCUCUUAGAGAUUUCGUCUCCGAAAGGCAUGGUGUACUGGAGGAAGGUUGGCGUGUGGAAUUUAGACGAUCAAUGGGCAAUUGUGAACUGUAUGCAGUUUACUGUGCUCCAGAUGGGAAGAUAUUUGAUUCUGUGUAUGAAGUUGCUUGUUAUCUUGGGUUGAUGUCUAACUUCAAUUCUAUUGAAUCCGAAGCAAGAAGUGAGGGGUCUCAGUCAAUGUCAGGAAGGUCUUAUCUAUCUAGGAAAAGGAAGUUGGCAAAAUUUUCAACUGCUAAUGGUUUUGCUGAGAAUAAGGAAAUUUUGAUCAGUGAUAAUCGUAAAGAGCUGUUGUCCAAUGGCCCAACUGUGGAAGGCUGGGCAAGUACAGUUGGUAAUAAUGUAAAGGUUACAGAAGCUGAGAGAGAGGAGAAUUCUCGCUCUGGGUCUCAGCAAUCUAAUAAUGGGCUUCCUGUGCAGUUUGAAGAUUUUUUUGUUCUUUCUCUGGGAGAAGUUGAUGCCAGGCCUUCAUAUCAUGAUGUUAGUCAGAUUUGGCCUGUAGGUUAUAGAUCCUGUUGGCAUGAUAAAACUACUGGUUCUCUUUUUAUGUGUGAAGUAUCGGAUGGUGGUGAUUCUGGACCUAUCUUUAAGGUCAGAAGGUGUCCAUGCUCUGUGUUGCCCAUUCCAAAUGGGAUAACUGUCCUCUUCAGGCCAAACCUUGGACAUUUUGGUGGACAGACAAAUGAAAAAAGUGAUGACUUUACUUCUCAUGAUAUGUAUUGUGAUAAUGAUGGCAGUAUUCAGAUGAUUCUCUCAGACCCUUGCCCACCUGUGGAAAAUGAUCUUUUAUCUUGUCUUACGGGUUCCUCGAAUGGAGCUUGUGAUGUUCAGAUGUCAAACAGAUUGCAGGUUGAAGCUAGUUCAAGUAAUGACAAAUCUCAAUCUCUUUUAUUGGGUGAUUUGAGAUUGAGAGAUGAAAUUGGCGAGAUUUCAGCGGAAGAUCACUCGCCAUCUUCUGCAUGGAGAAUGGUGUGUAAAAAAUUCAUUACUGCUUGCUCUGAAAUCUGUAAACAGAAAGGGAGUCUAAAGUUUUUCUGCAGGCAUGUUGAAAAUGAAAUAGACAUACCUAAUUGUCAUCUAACAACUGACAAAAGCAAAGUGAGUUUAGCUUCGUUAGAUAAAUUUUGCAGUUCACCAGGUUCUGUCGCCAGCACAUCUGUAUUUCAGGCUGACAAUGAGCUUGAAUCUUCAUUUGAGGUACUGGAGAAGUGGUUGGAGCAGGACAGAUUUGGAUUAGAUGUGGAAUUUGUGCAGGAAAUCAUAGAACAGCUUCCUGGGGUACAAGCCUGUUCGCGCUAUAAAUUUCUGGUUAGUAGAGGUAAUUAUUCUACAUCACUAACAGUUGGAAAUGGGCUUCUAAUGGUUAAAUUAAAUGCUGGAGUAGAUUGUAUUGAAGAAGCAGCAUUGCAUGGUUUAUUGAGGAGAUCCAAAAAAGGCAAGUUGAUUAAAAACCAUGUCAUCUAUGAACCUCCUCCUCCUGGUAAGCCUUUGUGCUUGAGGGUUCCUCCUGAACAUGUUGGUGAUGUUUAUCAGGCAUGGGAAUUACUAUGGAGAUUUCAUGAUAUUUUGAGUUUGAAGGAGCCUUUGUCACUGGAGGAACUUGAAGAAGAACUCAUCAACCCGUGGUCAGAUGGUGCUAGUCUUUUAGAAAAAAAUGAAAAAAAUACCCAGGGGAGUCAAGGUGUACAUUCUCAUAGAAUUGGCUAUACAGGUGGAUCAAUCUUAUUCCGUAGCCGUGAAGCUGGUCCAGCUGCAGAUAGGGAAAAUCCACAUGCAUUUAUACAAAUGGAAACAGGAGCAACGAAGGAGGCAGCUCAAGCUAAACUUGCAUCUUUAACUUACAGUAGAUGCUGUGGUGUAGCUUUGACAAAGGCUCAUAAGUCGCUGCUAAGAGGGCUGGUAGGUGAGCUGCAAUCAAAGGUUGCUGCUCUUGUAGAUCCGAAUUUUGAUUCUGGAGAGUCAAAAUCAAAACGGGGAAGGAAAAAAGAUGUGGAUGGUGGUAUUCCUGCAAAAAGAACUAAGAUCAAUAUGCUCCCUAUUAAUGAACUAACUUGGCCAGAAUUAGCUCGAAGAUACAUCUUGGCUGUCUUAGCCAUGGAUGGUAAUCUUGACUCUGCUGAGAUUACUGCUCGUGAAAGUGGUAAAGUCUUUCGUUGCUUGCAAGGUGAUGGUGGGGUGCUAUGUGGCUCACUUACUGGAGUGGCUGGGAUGGAAGCUGAUGCUCUUUUGCUUGCAGAGGCUACAAAGAAACUUUUUGGUUCUUUCAACAGAGAAAAUGAUGUUCUUACCAUAGAAGAUGAAGGGUCUGAUGCAACUGCAACUGGUGCUUCCCAAAAGAAUUUUGUGGACGAUGGAAAUAUCCCAGAGUGGGCAAAGAUGCUGGAACCUGUUAGAAAACUACCCACAAAUGUGGGAACAAGAAUUAGAAAGUGUGUUUAUGAUGCUUUGGAUAAAGGGCCACCGGAGUGGGCAAAGAAAAUAUUGGAGCAUUCGAUCAGUAAGGAAGUCUAUAAGGGCAAUGCCUCAGGACCUACGAAGAAAGCAGUUCUUUCAGUUCUAGGGGAUGUAUGCGGUGACAAAGUGCAGCCAAAAUCUGUUAAGGGAAUAAAACGGAAGACUGUUAUCUCUAUAUCUGACAUUGUUAUGAAACGUUGUCGUAUUGUAUUACGUCGUGCUGCUGCUGCAGAUGAUGCAAAAGUUUUCUGCAAUCUGCUUGGGAGAAAACCAAUAAAUUCAAGUGAUAAUGAUGAUGAGGGAUUUCUUGGAUCUCAAGCCAUGGUAUCUCGUCCUUUGGACUUCAGGACCAUUGAUUUGAGAUUGGCAACUGGGGCUUAUGGUGGAUCCCAGGAAGCUUUUCUUGAGGAUGUUAGGGAGUUAUGGAAUAAUGUUCGCACUGCAUUUGGAGAUCAGCCUGAUUUAGUUGAAUUGGCAGAGACAUUAUCUCAGAAAUUUGAAUCAUUGUAUGAAAAGGAGGUUGCUAUCGUUGUCCUGAAAUUUGGGGAGUACUCUAAAUUGGAUAGCUUUAGUGCUGAAACAAGGAAGGAAAUGGAUGAGUUUCUUGCUUCCACUAAUGAGAUUCCCAAAGCCCCUUGGGAUGAGGGAGUUUGCAAAGUUUGUGGCAUUGAUAGAGAUGAUGACAGUGUCCUAUUAUGUGAUACUUGCGAUCACGAGUAUCAUACUUAUUGCUUGAAUCCUCCACUUGCAAGGAUCCCUGAAGGAAACUGGUAUUGCCCUUCUUGUAUUGUCGGUAAACGCAUCAUUCAAGAUGCGUCGGAGCGCAUUCAGGUCAUUGGCCAACGACGGAGUAAAAAGUAUCAGGGAGAGGUUACCUGUGUUUACUUGGAAGCACUUGCACACUUAUCAUCUGUAAUGGAAGAGAAAGAGUACUGGGACUUAAGUGUAGGCGAGAGAACCUUCCUGCUCAAAUUUUUAUGCGAUGAACUGCUUAACUCAGUUCUUAUUCGUCAACAUAUUGAGCAGUGUGCCGAGUCAUCAGCUGAAUUGCAGCAGAGAUUGCGUUCUUUUUCUGUAGAAUUGAAGAAUCUUAAGGCCAAGGAAGAAAAUCUGGCUGCACGAGCCGCAAAGGUUGAUACAAGUAUGCUUAAUGUUGUUGGGGAAGUUAGUGUAAAGGAUGGUGUUGCUAACACACCUGCAAACCUGGGUAAUUGUCUGGGUCGGCGGCAUAUUUUGACUGAUAGUCCUAACUACUUUGGAGUCCUCUCUAGUGAACUGCCACAUCUGGAGGGUGGUAGAGAGGGAUCUGGACUUAAUGGUUUUGAUAAACAGCCAUCUGUCACUAGUUCAGAGAAUAACAUCCCAACUAUGAAUCCCAUAGAUACUGAAGUUCAAUUAAAAGAUGCCCACGAUUCUGUGGAUGACAGAAUGGUACAUGAUAAUCUUCUCUCCCAUGUGGCUUCUCAAGAGACUGACAAGUCCAUUGGACCAAAUGGCUUGCCUAUAUCAAAUCCUUUGUCCCAAGAAUAUAAUGGCUCUGUUAGAGAAAUACAUUCCCAGAAUAACCUGCAAGAAUAUAAGGGAAGGGGCAUUUCUUUGCCACCUUCAGAUCGGCAAGGACAUUGUAGUUCUAACAUGGUGAGCAUUCAUGCAGUUCAGCAUGCUUCUGUAUCUGUGAAUGAGUCACAAACCUAUCACCUUGAGUUGAACUCCGUCAGGAAUGACAUUGCACUUCUGCAAGACUCAAUUUCUACUGUAGAGUCGCAGCUUUUGAGGCUAUCUGUGAGGAGGGAGUUCUUGGGAAGUGAUUCUGUGGGUCGAUUGUAUUGGGCUUCAGCCACACCAAGCGGACAUCCACGGGUUAUUGUUUGUGGGAGUGCUCUACAGCAUGAAAGGAAAAAGAUUUAUCAUGGAGGCACAGUGGACAAGAUAUCUGUUCCACAGAAUUCCACUUCAUCUGGCAUAGAUACUCAUUUAAAUUUGGAGGGGUCAAAAGCUUGCUGUCCAUUCUUAUAUGAACUGAAUGAUGCUACGACCCUUUGUUCAUCAUGGGUAUGUUAUGAAACUGAGGCAGAAGUUGAUGAACUGAUUGGUUGGUUGAAGGAUAGUGACCCAAAGGAGAGAGAACUGAAAGAGUCCAUUUUCCAGUGGCAUAAGCUGAGAUUCCAAGAUGAAAACCAAGUUCAGGAUGAGCACCAAUCGGUUUUGUCAUUGACCAGAAGUAGUGAUAUAGCUGGAUCUUCUAAUUCUCUUGUUACCAAGGCAGCCUCGUUGCUUGAGAAGAAGUAUGGUCCCUGCUUUGAGUUGGAAACCAUUGAAAUCUUGAAGAAGCGGGGUAAAAAGGCAAGAGUAGCCAAUGAUGAGAAGAUGUACAGGUGUGAUUGCUUAGAACCCAUUUGGCCUUCUAGACACCAUUGCCACUCGUGCCACAGAACCUUUUCCACCGAUGUCGAACUUGAGGGGCACAAUGAUGGUAGGUGCAGUUCAGGUGCACUAACCACCUUUGAGAAGAGCAAGGAAAUAAGUGAUAUAAAGAAAGGUAAAAGGAGUUCAAAAUGCGAGGUCGUUCGGGAAGAGUGCAAAGGGGACAUGGAUGCUUUAGAAACUUCAAAAGGUGGAGGUUCUCAGCUCAGCUCAAGGUUGAUUAAAUAUCAGAAUGAAGGAUUGGUAUGCCCGUAUGACCUUGAUGAGAUCUGCUCCAAGUUUGUGAUAAAUGAUUCAAUUAAGGAAUUGGUACAGGAGAUAGGACUUAUUGGUUCAAAUGGGAUCCCAUCUUUUAUCCCAUUCGCGGCACCGUACCUUGGUGAUUCUACUACACUAAUGUUAAUUCCUCAGAAAGAUGUAGGUGGUCCAGGUGAUGAGCCCAAGGCUGUUGAAAGGCCUGUUUCACUAGGAAAUACUAGUAUAACAAAUGCAGGCCAUGAAAGUAUAUGUGACAAUUCUCAAAGAAGAUCUGCUGCAAAUGAAGUCAGUCAAGCACUAAAUACCAACAAGCCAGCUUUAGGAUGUUUGGAUAAAAGAGGGAAAAGAUCAUCUAUAGAUGGCCAUUCUUUGGAAAUGGGUGAUGGCCGCUGCUGUGUGGUUCCCAUGUCUUCAUUGAGACCCUUAGUAGGUAACAUUUCACAGAUUUCAAGGCGAUUCAAGAUCAACUUACUUGAUAUGGAUGCUGCUCUCCCUGAAGAAGCUCUGAGACUGUCAAAGGCACAUGUGGAAAGGAGAUGGGCCUGGCGCGCAUUUGUUAAAUCUGCUGGGACAAUAUACGAGAUGGUUCAAGCAACAAUUAUAUUGGAGGACAUGAUUAAGACAGAAUACUUAAGGAAUGAGUGGUGGUAUUGGUCAUCACUCUCAGCUGCUGCAAAAACUUCUACUCUCUCUGCCCUUGCCUUACGUAUAUAUUCCCUUGAUGCCGCUAUCAUUUACGAGGUCUCAUCCAGUUUAGAUCAAUCUGACAAUUUGGAACCCAGCAGCAUACCAGAUGCAAGGCCGCUUCCAUGCGUGGAUUUAGCCGAGAAAUCCAAGGUCACCAGGAAGUCCAACAAGAAAAGGAAGGAACCAGAGGGUUAAUCUUGGGGUACAUGAUUUUUCAUUUCCUGAGGAUUUCAUUCCGGACAAAGUUGAUCGGGGGCAAAGCGGCAGUGGGCACGUGUUAUAAUGCAUAGAAGAUGAUCAGAGAACCAUAUUGUGGGUUGUAUUGGGUCUUUAUAAGAUGUGGCUGCAUGUUUGUAAGGCGACUAAGGUUGGUGCUGCUGCUGCCAAAACCGUGUGCAUGUACAUAAGAGGUAACACUGACUUGCUAACUCGGAUGCUUGGUUGGGAAGCAGAGUUUGUAGAAGCAUUUGCUCGGAGGACAGGAAGCACCAGGAGCCGUAAUGUAUGAGCAAUGCAUCCAAUUCUGGAUCCAUUCUGCGUUUCUGCUGCAGCUUUUUGUUGCUUGGGAAGAGGAGAUUUGGAAGGAAAUUUUUCUCACGAAGAGCAAGACCCAUAUACAUAUACAGAGGCAAUUCAUGUAAAAAAGAAAAGAAAAAAGGAAAAAAAAAAAAAUUAGAAACAGUCUUAAGUCGAGCAGGUGUAGACAUUCAUUCUUUAUUCAUCUCUCUGUCCCACCUUGCCUGUGUAAUUUGGCUUUUUAUAGUUUUUGAAUUAAAUGAGGGUAUGAUGGAGAA